AUGAGUGGUACAUAUUUUAAAUACGAUGGACGGCUCGACGGACGGCUCGACAGACGGCUCGACGGACGGCUCGACGGACGGCUCGACGGACGGCUCGACGGACGGAUGGACGGUCGGUUCGACAGAAGGCUCGACCAGUGGCUCGACAGACGCGGACGGCUCGACGUGAGGCUCGACGCAGGGCUCAACGAACGGCUCGACGAGCGGCUCGAUGAGUGGCUCGACGAGCGGCUUGACGAGCGGCUCGACGGAUGGUUCGACGAGCGGCUCUUACGUACUCUACUGCGAUAUGUUAAUGCUACGAAAUUCAACACAUUUCAUUACUUGCUUGCUUGC